UGUCAUUUCCCUCUCUCCCACUUUUGUUCUUGACAUUUUCUGUUCCAUCGUCCAAGAUGGAUAAACGAUCAGCUGAAAGUCCGAUGGACUUUGAAUGGCAGACGAGGGCGCCAGGAGACGUGACCUCGCCCUUCUACCAGCUGAGCAUGCAGCAUGACAACCAGAAGAAACGACCCCACAGUAUCUUUGAUUCCCCCGGAAAGCAACAGACACCAGCCUUGCGCGAACCCAAUUCACAGCCCUUCCUCUUCUCCCAGCCGCGGGCGCAAAACCCUCCUGGACCCCCGAAAUCCGCCUUUGGCCAGUCUGCAUUCAUGACCCCGCGCAAAUUCGAUGUGGACUUCUCCUCCGGCCCGGAAAAUAUGUCAUCGCCCGAGAACGCGGACAAUGAGGAUACGCCGGAGCCGGCGAUGAAAUCUGGCCAUCGAAAUUCACUUUUUAACAUGUAUGGACGAUUUGCGCCGAGUCCCGGACGGGGCGAGAUUCCUCGCCUGAAUCAUUACUCGAAUGCACUGGUUCGGCGGGUACAGAAAAGACGACGCAGGGAUAAGGCGUUAGAUGUACAGUUCCGGAGGGAGAGCGAUGAUGAGAGCGACAGUGAGCACGUAUCCGGUCACAAGCAGAAUCAGAACCAGGGACAAGAGGGGAAUAAACCAACAUCGCGGUUGUCAUCAUUUUCGGAUUUCUUCGCUUUACUUGAGGCACACCCCAACGUUCCGAGUAUCCUGUCUUGGUGGGCUCAGUUGGUCGUGAACCUGUCCCUGUUCUCACUGGCCGUGUAUGUGGUGUUUGGUUUUGUGUCAGCGAUUCGGGCAGAAUUUGAGCAUGCAGCGGAGGAGGUGUCCGAUAAGAUCCUAGCGGAGAUGGCGGCCUGUGCGAAGAGCUACGUGGAUAACAAGUGCGGUGGCGGGGAUCGACUUCCGGCCCUGGAGACGGUCUGUGAAAAUUGGGAACGCUGCAUGAACCGAGACCCAGCCAAGGUUGGACGGGUCAAGGUAUCGGCGCAUACCAUGGCGGACAUUAUCAAUAGCUUCAUCGACCCAAUAAGCUGGAAAGCGAUUAUGUUCUUCCUCGUGACCAUCUCGACAGUGACUGUGGUCAGCAACUGGUCUUUCCGUUCCUUCAGAAACCGUUACAAUCAACACGAGUAUACUCACCCUCCCGCUCCCAGCUUUUCUCGGCAACCGUCUGGACAACAUCAUCCUUCGCUGCCACCAUCCCAGCCGUCAUACCAGCGCCCCGUUGGUUGUGAUUACCAAGAGCAUGUCCCGAAUCUUAAUCAUAAGCAAGAAGCACCCUUGUUGCUGGAAGAAUCGCCUACUCGGGACUUUGUGGGUGAACGGAGCCGCAACCGGGAAAACCGCUUGCGCACUCCCAGUCCUACGAAGAGAGAUCGGAAAUUGCUACAGAACAUGAGGUGAUAAAAGUGUGUAUAACAUUGCAUUAGCGGGUGGAUUCCGGCGUUUAUUGUAUAUUUGAGAUCGGUGUUUGGGCAAAAGAAUUGUUCGCUCUUGAUUUUAUAAGUUACUGUAUGAUGGCAUAUUCAGUGCUAGCCUUGCCUCCUCACCCUGUGUGUAAAGACAUUUUUUUUGGUAAUAAUUCGCAUAUCUGUUUACCGAUGGCAUUCACACUCGAUCACAUAUGUUCCUUUUGGAGUUCUUGUAGGAGCAAAGAUAAGCAGGUUGCCGGUUAUCGGAGGGCGGGAAAUGGCGGGCGGAAUAGACCAAAAGCGCGAAUGCUGACUCUAAAUAAACCGCGGAGACUUAUUCUCAUUUCUUAUUUUCCUCCGACAGGAUGACAAGGAGAUCUAUCGGAGAUACGCUGUAAACCGUGUGCCGGGUUGCUAGUUUUGCACCGAAAUUAUCCCGGUCAUAAGGACUAGUUAUGACUGAGCCUGAACGGCGGCGGCGCCGACCAGCUGUGUAGGUCCCUUAAAUCCGGCCCAUGUCCUGGUAUCGCGCUGACAGCGGAGACAUGCA